UAAGGUAUAUGUAAUGUUUUUACUUGUUUGAAGGUGGUUCGAAACAAACAGUGAUUCUGCACCAAUCCCAAAGACAGGGCAGCAUUAUGUCAAAUCACCUUCACACUGUUCUCUGUGCUAAUUCCCUUUCCCUCCUCACUCACUCACUCUUAUCUUCUUCUUUCUUUUUCUUCAUCUUCUCUUCUCUUCUCUCCCACCAUUCACACAACACAAGCUUUCUCUUUUCUUUCUCUCCUCACUCACUCAUUCUUCUUUCACAUUAUCACAUGUUUAGUUCAACUUUUAAUGUUGCACUUCCUUUCAGCUUCCAACUAAAGAGUAACAAACACAGUUGCAGCAGCAUACCUUCAUGUCCUCUGCUUCCUAUCCUCUGCAAUCCUGUCUUGAUUAUCGUGUGUAAUGCCUGGUACGCCUGAGAUUGAAGAUCUGCAAUUGAAGCAUGGUGUUGGUGACAUGCUAUUUAAUGGUUGUGUUACUGCGUAACAAUUAGUCUGCUUCUGUUUCAACUUUCAUUUUUGAACAAUCUGAAGUUCCAAACUUGGCAGCAACCACCAAUCUGUGACUUCUCGGAGGGAAUCAGAAAAGUUCACGCAGUAUUUGUCUCGUUUAGUUAACAGAAUAGAUUGUGUUUAAUAGUUUGCGGCUUUUACUUACAGUCUGCCUAAAAUUAUGGCAACUUACUACCCAUGUUCAAGUAAUCAAAGGGGUGCCGUGCCUAUGCUGUGUCUAAGGGAGCCUUUGCAUAAUUCGUAUCCCGAGACACCAAUUUUGCCAAGCAAUAUGACAUUGUUGUAUAUGAACUCUGGUUCAUAUUCUGAAGCAUUACCUGGAAAUUCUCAGCAGCAAAGCAAUUGCUUUGUGGUUCCAUCACCGUCAGUGGGUGCUUCAAAUUCCACAGCUGAGCAGCAAGAAAUAUUGGCUAAUAUUGGUGGAUACCAAAUUGGGGUUCAUGAUUUCAGUGCAUGGAGGGAGGGUAGAAGUGAGAUGUUAGUCAGACAAUCUAUAGAUGGACAUAACUUGCAGGGCCAGGGAUUAUCUUUAAGCCUUGGAACCCACAUGCCCUCCGGAAUUCAACUGCCUUCUGUCCAUGAUAGGAAUCAUUGCUCAAAUCUUGAUUCGUUUUUGGGUGCAAAUCCAUCACUUUCAGCCAACGAGAUCUACCAAAAUGGCUCCUCUAGACAUUCUGAAACUUUUCCUCCUGUGUUACCUGAAGCUAGUCAUGAUUUGAACAAAGCAGAUUUUUCAUUUCCUGGAAUUUCCAGUGUUGGAAGAACGGUUCCUACCUCCAAAUAUCUCAAGGCAGUGCAACAACUGCUUGAUGAAGUUGUUGAUAUCCGACAAGCUAUUAAAAGACCUGAAACGAGAAGUCACGGAACACAUGAGAACUCUCCGAAGAAUUCCAAGGAGGGUGGUGAGCUCCUAGAAAAUGAACGGCCUUCUGCAACUGGUGUGCCAAAUUCUCAAGUCUCAGCCAGCAACUCUUCUUGUGAGCUUUCACAUGCUGAAAAACAAGAUCUGCACAAGAAGUUAGCAAAGCUUCGGUCAAUGUUGGAUGAGGUUGACAGUAGGUACAAACAAUAUUACCAGAAGAUGCAGAACGUGGUGUCAUCAUUUGAUGUGGUAGCAGGAUGUGGGGCAGCUAAACCAUACACAGCCCUUGCUCUACAAACCAUUUCAUGCCAUUUUCGGUGUUUGCGUGAUUCAAUCACUGGUCAAAUUCGUGCAACACAAAAGAGCCUUGGGGAGCAUGAUGCUUCUGAAAGUAAUAAAGGAGUUGGAAUGGCAAGACUAAAGUAUGUGGACCAUCAAGUGCGACAACAGAGGGCUCUUCAGCAGCUUGGUAUGAUGCAGCAUGCAUGGAGACCGCAAAGGGGGCUUCCAGAAAGCUCUGUUUCGAUUCUCCGCGCAUGGCUUUUUGAGCAUUUCCUUCAUCCAUACCCAAAGGAUUCCGAAAAGACCAUGCUAGCAAGACAGACAGGCUUAACCCGAAGUCAGGUCUCAAAUUGGUUCAUAAAUGCACGUGUGCGUCUGUGGAAGCCUAUGAUUGAGGAUAUGUACAAGCAAGAUGUUUCUGAUGUGGACAUGGACUCAACUUCUUCAUCUGAAAAUGUCUCCAAGGCAACAAAAAGUGAUGUCAAGAUCUCCAAUGAUACGGUUGAUGAUUCACAGCACUGUCAGAGUCCAAUAGUAACCGAUACAAAUCAUGGUGGUGGACAAGCUAAGGACUUUGGAUAUGAUCAAGUUCUUGAUACAAAAAUCAUGGCAUCCACUGGAUUAGCUAGUCAUGAGGUUGAAACAGAACAUAGGUCAGGAAAGCAGUCUGGGGAGAAAAGGCCAAAUUUGGAUAAUUGUGGUCUCUUCUCUGAUAACAUGAUUGUUCAAUCUGAUAGAGCUACUAAUGAUGACAGGUUUAUAGCAGUUGGUUCAACGUGCCAAAUGUCAGAGUUUGAGAGCUUCAAGUCAGGAAGUGGAGUGUCUCUAACUUUGGGUUUACAGCAUUGUGAAGGAGGUAAUUUUUUGCCUGGUGAGACCCAUCUCAAUUUGGUUUCCAUGAAGGAAAAUGGCAUCUACCGCAGUGCAGGUGCAGCUUCUACAGUUGGAGUACAUACAGCAGAACUUGAGCACGUUGGUACUGGAAACCAACGACAGAGGUUCAGUUCACCUCAAAUGUUACAUGAUUUUGUUGUGUGAUGAUAAUCUGUUUAGACCAUUCUGUGAAUGGCAAGUGCUGAUAUUGGGACCAGUUUGCAGACAACGAGUCACAAAAGGAACGCAGUGGUCCCUCAAGGGAUGAUAGGACUGACAAAAACAGAUGUAUGAUAUCCUGAAAUUUAUUGGGAAGAUCUAUAACUUAUGAUUAAUGUGUAGGAAACAUGAAUAUUAGGCCUGUUUAUGCAAUGAAGAAAUUAAGAAACA